GAGAGUGUGUGUGUGUGAGAAAGAGAGAGAGAGUGUGUGUGUGUGUCUGCCGCCUCUCACACAGUUUGGCUGUGGUCGGCCCGAGCAGACAGCAGAGCUUGUCGUCUGGAGAGAGGCAAACGGAGACAGGUAGCUUAGUUCGGGCAUGAAAGAUGGAGCUCUCGGCGGCGGGGGAUCGUAUUUUCGCCGCGGAAGCCAUACUGAAACGCCGCGUUCGUAAGGGAAGAAUUGAAUACCUGGUAAAAUGGAAAGGAUGGGCAAUGAAACACAGCACUUGGGAGCCAGAGGAGAAUAUUCUGGAUGACAGGCUGAUACUGGGCUUUGAGCAAAAGGAACGGGAAAGGGAAUUGCAUGGGCCGAAGAAACGGGGACCAAAACCCAAAAACUUUGUCAUGAAGGCACGUGCUCAAAAAAGAGCAGCUCCCUCCUCUUCUGCCUCACCUCAUUUACCAUCUUCGUCCUCCUCUUCUUCAACCGUGGCGCCCUCUCCUAAACUCAACUCCCUCGCAGCCACCCACAAGCUGAAGAAGGAUAUUCACCGUUGCCACAGGAUGUCCAGGCGUCCUCUGCCCCGCUCAGACCCCAUGGCGGCUACUUUCUCCAACUCUGGUGGCUUCCCUUCCCGCAUGCAUGUCUCCCCCUUCUCUGAGACCGUCCGCAUCCUCAAUCGUAGAGUCAAACCCCGGGAGGUCAAGAGAGGUAGGAUCAUCCUCAACCUUAAGGUCAUUGACAAGCCAGGCAGGGGUGGCGCAGCCGCAGGCAGUAGGAAUAUUACACCAGGACGCCAGAACAUCCCUUCCCGCAAUCGCAUCAUCGGGAAAAAGGGAGAGGCCCCCUAUAGACCUUUCCAGCCUCCUCUGAAGAUGCUGGGGUUUCCGAUGUACGGGAAGCCGUUUGGGCUGCAGUGUGGAGGCCCUGUGCCUUUCCUCUCCCACCCAGGGUCAUGCUCCAGCACAGGGGCCAGGGACAGCCACACCACCUCCUCUCAGUACCAGUCACCUCCUUCUCCUUCCAGCUCCAGCGGCUCUGAAGGAAAAUCUCCCACUGCCUCAGCUUCACAGCCCCAGCCCGCCACUGGAACCUCACCUUCCAGCGAGGGUCCCAAGCCCAGCAAACCUCACACAGAGACCCAGAAGGGCCAGAGUGCUAAGCACUCUGCUCCUGCCUCAUCCUCAGAUGCAAACCCAGUGGUGUCAGCAUCUCCUUUCCUCCCUUCCUCGCCCUCUUCCUCCUUGGAAGAUGAGGAGGAGGAGGGUGCCCUGGACCGUUCGGUGCCCUCAGAGGGAGGCAGGAAAAAUCCUCGCCAACGCCGGGCUAAACGCCAGCUGCCCACCACUCUCCCCUUGGUUGCUCCCGGGGACCAGAGCUCUGCCGCCACCGAACCCCAAAGGGUGCCUGCUGAAGGAGACCCUGACUGGCACCCUGAAAUGGCGCCAAGCUGCAAGGAUGUGGUGGUCACUGAUGUCACCACCAACCUCGUCACUGUCACCAUAAAAGAGUUCCCCUCCCCUGCCUCCUGCCCUGCGUCCCCCUCCGCUAGCCCCGAAAAUGCCUCUUCCCCUCCCCCCGCCACCACCUCCGAUGACCCCUCCCUUGUCAAGCCAACAGCGCGGUGCCAUCAGUAUUGCACACAGAGGGCGGAAAGAGGAAAACAGCAGCGCCUCAGGAAAACAGCUUCUCUGCUCAGAAUGAAGUUCGUGGUGGUGCUUGUGGGAGCGGGCAGCCUGGCCUUCCUCGGUGCGGUCAUCUGCAUCAUCGCCAGUGUUUAUCCCCGGAAACGCGCCGCGCCUCUCAGCGACAACGGCACCCUGACAGAGGAGACGCUGCUCCAACCCCUGGAGCACGGAUCGGUGGCCCACGCCGGGCCGCUGGGCGCUCUCCACGGCGCCGAGUCCUACGAUGGAGGAAACGGGCUCGGUGGAGGCAUCGGACUGGAAGUUCCCACUCUGAACGAGCUCAACCUCGGGGAGGAGACAGGAGGGGGGUCCGCGAAACAGUUCAGUUUCAGUAGGUUGAUCUGCACACCUGUACCGGUCGGAGAGUGCAAGACUAAAGAUCUAAGGCAACGACGGGAGCAGCAGCAACAGCAGCAGCAGCAGCAGCAGGCGGAUGACCCCCUAUACGGAACCGGCGACGAGGACUGGACUUAUCUCCGGACCACCGCGGAGGAGCUCCGGCAGAUGGUCCUGCAGCAGAACGACCAGAUCCUUAUGGACCAGAGGACCAUCCGGGAGCUGACGGGGAAGCUGAGCGAGUGUGAGAGCGGCCUGGAGGACGAGAGGAGCGUCCCGGAGCGGAGCAUCGGCGUCUGGAGCGGCAACCGCCGCGUUAUGGCCGGGGAUGAUGUGAGCUCUUCGCAGCUGCAGACGGCGAGGGCUGUGGAGGAACUGGCCAGGGCCAUCAUGGACCUGAAGGACCGCAUUGAGAAACUCGAGGCGGAGAUAGGUCCUGCUGCUUUGAACCUUACUGACACAUCCGUGGGUACAAGCAGCAGCAGCAGCAACAGUGGCAGCCCGUCAUCCAAGGGUUCCCCCGGGCGUGGAAAGGGCACCUGGAGGGUGGAGGACCUGGAGGGGGAGCUGGAGAGGAAGAUAAAGAUGCUGGAAAAGGAGCGUCAGGCCAUGAGAAAAGAGACUCAGGGCCAACACGAGAAGAUCAAUCAGGGAAUCGACACCGUCAGCCACCGCGUCACUGAGCUAGAACACACGCUGACAGAACCAUCGUUCCCCGAUGGCUUCGUCCUCUCCUUCCCCAUGCGGACUAACUACAUGUACGGCCUGGUGAGAAAAGAGAUAACUGAGAUGUAUGCCUUCACUGCUUGUGUGUGGUUGAAGGCCAAAGAAGGGGGCAUCGGCACCCCCUUCUCCUACUCAGUGCCUGGGCAGCCUAACGAGCUGGUGCUGCUACAGGGAGUCCACAACCCUGUGGAGCUGCUCAUCAAUGACAAGGUGGCGCAGCUGCCUCUGUCCUUACCGCAGGACGAGUGGCAGCACAUCUGUGUCAGCUGGACCCUGAGGGAUGGAGUGUGGAAGGCCUACCAGGGGGGGAAGAUGAAGGGGAGGGGAGAGGGACUGGCUGCCUGGCAUCCCAUCAAACCAGGAGGGGUCCUCAUACUAGGACAGGAACAGGAUACCCUGGGCGGGCGAUUUGAUGCCUCACAGGCCCUGGUCGGGGAGCUGUCCCAGUUCAACCUGUGGGAUCGGGUGCUGAAGCCUGCAGAGGUGGCCGCCCUGGCCGAGUGCAGCUCCUCGGCACUUGGCAACAUCGCCCCCUGGACCGACCACGAUGUAGAUGUCUAUGGUGGUGCAACCAAGGAGUCCCUUGACCCCUGCCACGCCGCCCAGAGAUCCAAUCCCUCCAACCCCAAACAGUGA